AUGCUGCGCCAGUCCUGCGAGCCACAGAUGCAGACGUUCGUGGAAUCGGGUCAAUUGAUCCGCGCCUUCCUGCCCGUCGGCGCUUCCCGCCUUGGGCCGCUCAGGGCGAGGGGGCCAUGCCGCUCCGGGGCACCUUGCCGGGCCAAGCCAGAAGGGGCAUUGGGUGGCAAUACGGGCGGCGUGGCUGAUUCGGCGCCGGACAUCGAGGGGAUGCUGCGUCUGCUGUCGGGCAGGGCGGAUCGGCGGGAGGGGGCGCGGGCGGGGAGGGUGUAUCUGGUGGGGACGGGGCCGGGCGAUCCGGGGCUGCUCACGAUGCGGGCGGUGGAGUUGAUGCGGUUGGCGGAUGUUGUGCUUUACGACAGGCUUGUGUCGAACGACAUCCUCCAGCUGGUCAACCCUGGUGCACGGAUGGUGUACGUUGGCAAACAGCGAGGCUUCCACACCCGCACACAGGAUCAGAUCCAGGAGCUGCUCGAGCAGUUUGCAGACUCUGGGUCAACGGUGCUGCGGUUGAAGGGUGGGGACCCCUAUGUGUUUGGCCGCGGAGGUGAAGAGGUGGACUUCCUUCGUGAGAAGGGCAUCACAGUGCACUGUGUGCCGGGCAUAACGGCAGCUUCCGGAAUUGCAGCUGAGCUGGGAAUUCCUCUCACCCACAGGGGUGUGGCCACUUCCGUGCGGUUUCUGACUGGACACUCCAGGGAAGGCGGACAGGAGGAAUUGGAUGAGACAAUAGCAAAGUCUGUGGACCCCAAGGCCACGCUAGUGGUGUACAUGGGACUGCAGACGAUGCCCUGCUUGGCAGCCAAGCUUGUGGAGGGAGGCCUGGAUGCCAGGACGCCGAGUGUCGCGGUGCGUUUCUCUCUUGAGAUCGUUUCAUCAGAGGAUGUCUGCUUGCUCGUGUUUUGCAGAUGCUGCUGCUCCUUGUGA